AUGGAGGACUCCCCGUGUGACUAUCCCAGCGAAAUUGUCUAUACCCAGGAGCCACUCUCGGGAUACAAGUUCGGUGGCUACCUGCCAGUCCAUCUGGGCGACACAUUUAAAGAUGGCCGCUACACGAUACACCAUAAGCUCGGGUGGGGAGGAUACUCCACCCUCUGGCUGGCUCAUGACAUCCUGUGCGCCAGAACUCCCUCGUUUCAUCAACCCCAUCCACUAACUCUCCCCAGGCAAAAUCGCUGGGUCUCGCUGAAGAUCAAGACGGCAGACACUUCCCAGAGUUCCCAAGAACUCCCCAAUCUCCAACAACUGGAGAAACUGGCCGCCCCACAUGGUCUCGGGUCGAGGUUCAUCUGCCACCUCCUCGACGCCUUCAUCCACUACGGCCCCAACGGCAUCCACCAAUGUCUCGUGUUUGAGUUGAUUGGUCCGACCGUCGACCGGAUCAUCAGUGACUACCGCGAGCUUUCUGAUUCCCUCGAUCCCCAGACCAUUCUCAAGUUGUCGAGACAGCUUCUCAAGGCUAUUGAGUUCACCCAUGCCGCGGGGGUGGGGCAGCUAGACAUCAGCGGCCGAAACAUCGUCUUCGGUGGGAAGAGUCUGUCUUAUGUAUCCGAAAGCAUCAUUUUUGCUGUCUUUGGAUCCCCGGAGCAUGAACCCGUGACUCGUCUCGAUGGCACCCCGCUGCACAAAGGCUUCCCGCCUUCUCUGAUCAGGCCGGUCAACUGGGAGGACUGGCUUGAGGAAUUCCACGAAGACAUCCGGAUUCUUGACAUGGGAGAAGGUUUCUUCCAGGAAGAGGUAGCUCCUCAACUAGCCCAACCUGGGCCAGCACGGGUGCCAGAGGAAAUCUUCACGGAAACGUCUGACUAUAGGGCUGAUCUAUGGCGCACUGGCUGCAUGCUUUUCUUUUUCGUGUUCGGGACAUACCCGUUCCAGUCCGAGGUUGACGAUGAGGUUCUGGUUGCGGAGAUGGUUGACCUUCUGGGGGACUUGCCCGAGGAAUGGCAGCCAGCCUGGGAUGAGAUGCAAGAGAGUUUUGAUGAUGGCAUGGACUUCCAAGGCGAUGAAAUAUUGGAUCUUGAGGGACUGUUCAAUAAGGAAAUUGGUGAACCGGACCUCGCUCCUCUCGUGCCAAUCAUCAGAGGAUUGCUGGCGUUCCUGCCUUCUGAACGUAUUACAGCGUCGGAAGCACUUGAUCUUUUGGGACCUGAAGAAGAGGAUCUGUUUAAUUAG